AUACUGUUCUACGUGAAGAUAUUAGAUAUCUGUGGACGAGUCCUUCAUGUUUUUAUUUUAUUACUACUAUUAAUCUAAAUUAAAAUAGAAGUAAUUUUAUAAUAAUUACUUUAAGCCAUUGUAUUUUUUACUCUAACUUUGGUAUAACUGCAUAAACUAGUGUAUUGUUACAGCUAUGCCAAUGCAUAAUUUCAAUUAAAUAAGCCAGCGACGGUUGAACACCACUCCUUAGUAUACCUAUUAUUUGCGCACAUGACGUGUAUGUAAAGUGUUCAUAUCAGUGCUUUGUAUCUUCUACCUCUACCCAAUUAUCAUGCAGCCACCACUUGUGAUAAAGCAGGGCACAACAUCAGGGCAAGUCAAUAUGCAAUCUGGGAUGAUGACUGUACCUAUGACAGUUAACUCGAGCAUUUCGAAUACAAUUCCAAAUGUUAUGACUAUUAAUAAACCAGGAGGGCAAAAUGUAGUAGUGACAACACAGAAUGUGGGAUCAGGACAACAAUCCAUUAUUCCAAAUGUUCAGAUAAUCAAUACACGACCUGGAGCUCCAUCUGUUUCUGCUCAAAAGUCAGUUGCAACAGUCUCCCCACGAGUUGUCAUCGGAACACCACAAGUGGUGGGGGCGAGAGCUGCUGUUCCUGGUAUAACGCUGCAAACACUUCAAAGUCUACAACAGGGGCAGCAGGGUCAUUUGUUGUUAAAGACAGAGAAUGGUCAAUACCAGCUGUUGAGGGUGGGUCCGGCACCAGCUGGCAGCACCCUCACGGCACCUCAGCCGCAGACCCUCCGGCUGUCAACCGUGCCGGCACACCCUGGCGUGGUGACGGCGUCGACGAGCGUCGCGGUGCCACAGAUGGCAGCGCAGCUCCCUGCGUCCGCUCCCUCCGCCCAGGCCACGUCCGCCCAGACCGCCCACUCCGCGGCGCAAAGUGCCGCGCCCUCCUCGACUCCGCAGGCCCCCGUAGUCACCACUCAGAAACCCUUGGACAACACGAAGGAGAAGUGCCGAAACUUUCUGGCGAACCUGUUGGAUCUUUCGAGUAAGGAGCCCAAGUCGGUGGAGAGGAACGUGAGAAACCUCAUACAGGAGCUCAUCGACGCUCAGGUGGAACCCGAGGAGUUCUGCGAUCGACUCGAGAGGCUCUUGAAUGCCAGUCCGCAGCCGUGCCUCAUAGGCUUCUUAAAGAAAAGCUUGCCCCUGCUGCGCCAGUCCAUGUGCACCAAGGAGCUGGUGAUCGAGGGUAUCAACCCCCCCUCCCCGCACGUAGCUUUCGCCCCGCCGACUCAGGCGCAGCCCGCGCUCGCCGCCAACGUGCAAAUGCAAAAAGCGACGGCCAAACCCGGGGGCUCCAUAGCGGUGUUGCAGAACAUCCCACUCCACACCAAGAUCAACGUGACGAAAGUCGGCAAAACGAUGACGGUGAACAGCAAAGCGAACUUCGCGAGGCCCGGGAAUCCCUCGGCGGCCCUCUCCACCGUCCUCACGCCGGGCAAGUCUCUGCUCAAGGACAAGGAGAGGAAGUCCACUCUGCAGUUCACUCAGCCCUUCGGCGACGACAAGAUGACCGGGGACGACGACAUCAACGACGUGGCGGCCAUGGGAGGCGUCAACCUGGCCGAGGAGACUCAGAGGAUCCUGGGCUCGACGGAACUCAUCGGCACUCAGAUAAGGUCAAUAAAAGACGAGUACUUGGUGCCGAUGGGCAUAAUGCAGAACCGGGUGAAGGCCGUCAUCGGAAAGCACGGCCUCGAAGACGCGUCGGCCGAGGUGAGCAGCCUCGUGUGUCACGCCGUGCACGAGAGGCUCAAGAACCUGCUGGAGAAGCUGGCCGUCGUCGCCCAGCAGAGGAGCGAUCUCUUGAUCAAGACCGACUCCUGCUACGACGUCACCCAGGACGUGAAGGGUCAGCUGAAGUUCCUGGAGGAGCUGGAUCGCGUGGACCGGAAGAGGAGGGAGGAUUCCGAGAGAGAGAUCCUUCUCAGGGCCGCCAAGUCGCGCUCCAAGAACGAGGAUCCGGAACAGGCCAAGCUGAAGGCUAAGGCGAAGGAGAUGCAGCGAGCCGAGCUGGAAGAGCUGCGGCAGCGAGAGGCCAACCUGACCGCUCUGCAGGCCAUCGGGCCCAGGAAGAAGGCCAGGCUCGACGGACCGGCGGACGGCGGAGUCAGCGCUCCGGGGAACAACUCUUUCCCGGGUCGCAGUCAACUGGCCCUGAGGACUCGCCUGAAGCGCAUCAACCUGCGGGACAUGAUCUUCCUUCUGGAGCAAGAGCGAGACACGGCCUACACCACUCUUCUGUUCCGGAGCUACCUGAGAUAAGCGGGACCCCCGGGGCUGGGCGUUCACUGAGCUUCCACCGUUAGGACUUAUUUGUGAACUCGACAAAAUAAUAUUAUUUGUACAGAAUUGUUAGUUACGAAGUGAGGUGUAAAUGACGUGGAAAACUUGUGUUGAAAGUCUAUUUUGUAUUGUAUUGUAUUAAUGUAGUCUAUAUUGAAAUAAGACAUUUAUUCACUCACACUAUUGCACAAUAAAAAGAUUUACAAAAUAUUAGAAAAAAAAUUCUUAAUGCGACGGGCGGCCUCAUUGCUAUUUAGCGAUCUCUUCGGUUUUUACUAUAUUUUAGUUUUUAUAUAAUGGAGUUCAAGUAUUACGUAACAAAUUGGGGGGAGGGGUCCUUUUAUAAAACGUUACGAUCCGUGGCGAGGAUUGAAUUACGCGUUAUUGUUAACAUUAUUAUCGACAUUCCAGUGCUUUACACCACAUAAUGGUAACUUUUAGGUAUAAAGAGUCACGAAACGUUUUAUGAUACUUGGGUACAGAAAAAUCGCGUUACAUGGGGGGAGGGGGGCAAUAAUCUCCAAAAAUUGCAUGACGUAAUACUUGAACGCUCUCUAAUAGAAUUUAUCAAAAAAUUUCGUUCACAAUAUAAAAUUAAUACAGACAAUUGAUAACAUUAAACUUACUUAAAUUUAUUGAACAAAAAAUAAUAAUAAUGGCUUAAAUGUUUUAAUUCUCUCGUGUCAGACUGCGAUUGCUCAGUCCGCUUUAAAUCUUUAAUUUCGUAGAUAUAGAAACAUGUCGACGAACAAAGUGAUUAAAUCUUGUAAAUAUUAAUUAAUUAUAUUUUAAUAUAAACUGACUCGAC